AUCUGCAAGGAGCUCUCAGAGACUUUCUGUUCUCCCCAGUGUGUUACAGUUCAUCCUGUGGAAUGUGAGUAGCUGGCAAGUGACCAGCAAGUUCAACAUCUUUCCUAAAUUCCAGAAAAUCAGAAAAAAGAUAUUACUAAACUGGAGUUGCCAUUAGGUCAAAAGCCCUUCAAAGAAUAUUCUACUGAGAUGUUUAUAUAAUCUAAACCAAGAACUGUGACAAGGUUUUUGUGCCAUGAAGUUUUUACUUAAACUCCAGAUUUUUAACUCUAUUUGGACCCCAAAGUCACCUUGUAGAUUCUUCAGCAAACAUUGCCGAGGAUUUGCCCCUCAAAAUAUCUCUGGCAAUGAAUCACCGAGCCUCUAUAAAGAGUUGCCAGAGCACUUUAAUUUUGCAAGUGACAUUUUGGACAAAUGGAGUCAAAUGGAAAAGAAUGGAGAGAGAGCCUCCUCCAUCCCAGCCCUCUGGUGGGUAGGUGAUCAAGGCAACGAGGUAAGGUGGGGUUUUGAGGAGCUGGGAUUUCUAUCCAGGAAAGCAGCCAAUGUACUCUCUGAUGCAUGUGGUCUGAAAAAGGAAGACAGAGUUAUAGUGAUGCUACCCCGGAUACCAGAAUGGUGGUUGAUAACAGUGGGCUGCAUGAGAACAGGAAUUAUCUAUAUUCCAGCAACAAUCCAGCUGACAGCUAAUGACAUUCUCUAUAGACUCCAGGCUUCUAAGGCCAAAUGCAUCAUUACCAAUGAUAUACUGGCACCUGCAGUGGACUCAGUUGUGUCCAAGUGCCAGUUUCUAAAAACCAGGCUAAUGGUAUCCGAAGGCAGCAGGGAUGGAUGGCUGGACUUCAAGGAACUACUCAAAGCUGCACGUGGUGAUCAUGACACUGUUAAGACAAAGAGUCAAGAAGCAAUGACUAUCUACUUUACCAGUGGAACCACAGGUUACCCCAAAAUGGUGGAACAUUCUCACAGUAGUUUUGGUAUUGGAAUGACCUCGACUGGAAGGCUUUGGUUUGAUUUGAAUCCCUCUGACAUACUGUGGGGCCUGUCUGACCCAGGCUGGGUAAAAUUUGCCUAUGGCAGUCUCUUUUCUACAUGGAUUCAUGGAGCGUGUAUCUUUACACACAGCAUGCUGCAGUUUGAGGCAACAACUGUCCUGAAUUGUCUAUCCAGAUUUCCUAUAACUUCUUUCUGUGGUACACCAACUGCUUAUCGCAUGCUGGUGCAGCAUGAUCUUACCAGCUACAAGUUCAAGAGCCUGAAGCACUGCCUAAGUGGGGGUGAGCCACUCAACCCUGAAGUGAUGGAGAGAUGGAAAAGCAAAACAGGGAUCGAUAUCUAUGAAGGAUAUGGCCAAACUGAAACAGUUUUGAUAUGUGCAGUUUUCAAAGGGAUGAAAAUUAAACCUGGUGCUAUGGGAAAGGCAGCUCCACCUUAUGAUGUGCAGAUAAUAGAUGAAAAUGCUAAUAUUCUGCCUCCUGGGAAAGAAGGAGAUAUUGCUAUCAGAAUCAAACCAACAAGGCCAUUUUGUCUUUUCUCUGGCUACAUGGGUGAUCCAGAGAAAACUGCUGCAUCAGAACGUGGGGAUUUUUAUAUCACAGGAGACAGGGGCAUUGUGGAUGAAGAUGGAUACUUCUGGUUUGUUGGAAGAGCUGAUGACAUCAUUUUAUCUUCUGGGUAUCGUAUUGGACCAUUUGAAGUAGAAAAUGCCUUGAUAGAGCACCCGGCAGUAACAGAAGCAGCUGUUGUCAGCAGCCCAGAUCCCAUCAGAGGAGAGGUGGUGAAAGCCUUUGUUAUUCUGUCUCCUGACUUUGUAUCACAUGAUCCAGAAAAAUUAACUAAGGAGCUGCAAGAGCAUGUCAAAAAAGUUACUGCACCAUACAAGUAUCCCAGAAAGGUGGAAUUUGUUCAACAGCUACCAAAGACAAUCUCUGGGAAAAUCCGAAGGAAGGAAUUAAGGAAUAAAGAGUGGGGGAGAACUUAGCUUUGUGUGGAGUUAAGAACAUACAUUUUCAUUUCUGCUAUAAUCAUUCAUUGACCUGUUCUCUGUUGACGUCAGAAGGAGCUAGAUAGUAUUUGAGAUGAGGAAUAGACAUUGUCACUGUUUGCUGUAACUUGCAAUGUUCUGGGGUCUUGGGAUGGUUAUGAAAUUCAGUGGACUUGAUUCUCAAGAGAAACUUCAUUGAAGGCAAUACUGUGCCAGGAGAAUCAGACCCUAAACUCCUCUUUAUCUUUCUGUUUGAUUAUUUUCCAUCUAUGCCUUAUCAUUCAAUACUGAAUGGCAAGUAUGUGUCAAAUGUUGUUUUGUGAAAAUAUUGUGUAAUUAUUUUUAAUGCUCUGAUUAGCUUUAUAGAAUACUGGAUAACUUUUUGAGGUGGUAAUUAUUGCUAAAUGGUCUUCUGUCAGCCACCAUCUUUUUGUGCAUGUUAGUUUAAAAAAAUAAAAGAUUUCCUGAGUUGUGAAA